GUUUCGACCUUUAGCAACAGAAUACGAUCAAAAAUUCACCGCUUGAAGGAACAGCUGUUGUAGUUGGGAAAGUGUGAUAAGAAUAUUUCUAUGACAGUGGCCUAUGGGCAGAGUAUUAAGUGCAAUUUCAGCUGAAUUUAUUAGUUUUGUUGUUUAAAUAACUUUUCGUUUAUUGAUAAAUAGUAAUAGGCUAGAAUGUAUACACGAUUGCUGCGAAAUGUUCUGACGUUAAGAAGUUACGGCACGAAAGCAUCACCCAGUCUCCAAGUACGGCCGAUCGACAAAAUUCUAAUCGCAAAUCGUGGUGAGAUCGCAUGCCGUGUAAUUCGUACUGCACGCCGUCUGGGUGUACGCACGGUUGCUGUAUACUCUGAUCCAGAUGAACACUCAUUGCAUGCAUCGCUCGCAGAUGAGGCAUAUCGUGUGGGUGAAGCUGCGUCGGCAGCUUCUUAUUUGCGCGGUCAACACAUCAUUGAAAUCGCAAAAAAAGCUAAAUGCCAAGCAAUACACCCAGGUUAUGGCUUUCUCUCCGAAUCUGUGGAAUUCGCCGAGUUGUGCCAAAGUCAAAAUGUAAUUUUCAUGGGACCACCAAGCACGGCCAUACGAGAUAUGGGUAUAAAAAGCACAAGCAAAGCGAUUAUGGCCGCGGCAGGCGUACCAAUCAUCAAUGGUUAUCAUGGUGAGGAUCAAUCCGACGAACGUUUGCUAGCGGAGGCAGACAAAAUCGGGUUUCCACUAAUGAUCAAGGCAGUGCGCGGUGGUGGUGGUAAAGGAAUGCGCGUUGCAGAUAGUAAAGAGGAAUUUUUGACAGCGCUGAAUUCGGCGCGCAACGAAUCUCAGAAAUCAUUCGGCGACAGUUCGGUACUAUUGGAGCGUUAUGUACGCUCUCCAAGACAUGUAGAAGUUCAAGUAUUUGCCGAUCAAUACGGCGAGGCGGUGUACUUGUGGGAACGUGAUUGCUCUGUGCAGCGCCGGCAUCAGAAGAUCAUUGAGGAAGCACCGGCUCCUGGUCUAUCUGAGCAACUUCGUUGCGAAUUGGGGGAAGCAGCAGUACGCGCCGCCAAGGCGGUGGGUUAUGUUGGCGCUGGCACUGUAGAGUUUAUCAUGGACAAAGAAGAUCUAUCGUUCCAUUUCAUGGAAAUGAAUACGCGUCUGCAGGUAGAGCAUCCAAUAUCGGAAAUGAUCACAGGCACAGAUUUGGUCGAAUGGCAAAUACGCAUUUCGUCAGGCGAGCGUUUACCGCUGACGCAAGAACAAAUCAGACGCAAGGGGCACGCAUUUGAAGCGCGUAUUUACGCCGAAAAUCCACGCGAGGGAUUUCUACCUGGCGCUGGCCCACUGCGUUACCUAGCGACACCGCAACCGAAUGAGUUUGUGCGGGUCGAAACAGGCGUGCGAGAGGGUGACGAAGUGUCCGUACAUUACGAUCCAAUGAUCGCAAAGUUGGUUGUUUGGGGUGAGAAUCGGACUCAGGCCUUGAAUAGCCUAAUCGCACGGCUACGCGAAUAUCAUAUCACCGGUCUAGAAACCAAUAUUAACUUUCUCAUUGAUUUGGCUGCACAUCCAGAAUUCCAACAGGGAAACGUUCACACGGGCUUCAUUGAGGAACACUUUAAUACACUCUUCCCACCCAUCGAAAUCAAUGAUGAACAACUUUGCAAAGCUGUUACUGCCUUAGUCCUAAAUGAAAUGCAAACUUUCGGCAGCAAUUCCAGCAGAAACGAUCCAUUUAAUGCGGCACAAAAUAAACGCUUGAACUAUUCGCUGAUAAGGAGUUUUAAUCUUAAAGCGAACGACAAAGUUUUUAAUACAAAAGUGCGCUACGACGAAUCCGCCUUUCAAGUACAAGUCGAUAAUGGUCCAUGGAAAAAUGUAAAAUCAGAGCGUAUUCCGGAUAGUCAGCGGCUCAAAAUUAGAGCAAAUAUUGACAACAGCAUUUCAACAUUUAAUGCUAACAUCGAUGGCACAGAAGUUACAGUCUUUCUGGAUAAUGGCAAAUUAAGCUUUGAAUUAGUGCAGCCGAAAUUCCUAACUGCUCUCUCCGAAGAACAUAGCGGUAUUGGAGGCAAUAAAAUUGUGGCGCCAAUGCCAGGCGUCUUGGAGCGAAUAUUGGUGAAACCUGGUGAUAAAGUGCAAAAGGGUGAUAGCUUAGCGGUGCUCAUAGCAAUGAAAAUGGAGCAUAUUCUGAAAGCACCUCAGGAUGCCACUAUUAAGUCUAUAGGUGGCGUUGAAGGCGAAAAUAUUGCCAAAGGCGCAGCAGUUAUUAUAUUUGAAGAUGAGGCUGCUGAGUAAAUAUAGAAAAAAUCAGUGACAAUCGUACCAGAAGAAAUCGCAUUUAUAUAAAAACUAUAUUUUUUAUUGUGUAUGUCACAAAUAUUGUAAAUGAAGCAUUUAAUAGUUGUAAAAUAGGGUUUUGUUAUUUGUUAAAAAUAUAUAAUAUAAAGUAUAUUUGUACAUUAAAA